GAACGACACAUGGGCGGUGUUUUACGAAAACUUCAACGUGUCAACCAAAGGACUCCCAGCGAUCCCAUGGGACUACCCAGCAAUCACCAUCGCCAACCCAAGUGCCCUGGACAUGCUUCCGGAGCUUAUCAUUGCAUCGACAGGAAUAGUGUGCUUCUCAGCAGCUUUGUGUGCCCUGACGGCACAUAGUGGCAAAGCCAAUCCGAACCAAACGGACCACUGGUCGCUUAUGCAAUGCGCAUUGGGAGCAAUGCUUGGCUAUUCAACCAUGUUCCUGUUUUUUGGAGUUCCGAGUAUCAUACACUGUCAGCUACGCCAGAUCUUUGCAGUGUUGAGCUAUUCGCUGGUUCUCGGGGCACUGAUGACAAUGUCAUGGAGGACAUUUCGGAACCUUCCUCGCAGAAACCGACUGGACGAUCCAGAUGAAGGAUGGAUCCGUACUCUUCCGUCGCUGUUGACCAUUUCACUGGGAUCGCUGGUUUGCGGGCUUUCCUUGCACUGGAGUUCGUCUGAGCCAGUGGCGACAUACACAACGCCGAUCAGCAUCUCUAUCGAAUGCCAAAGCGACAUUCCGACACUGGUUGCACUGGGCUGCAUCUAUCUGCUAGCAGGAGCCAUCUGCCUUGCGCUCAUGAUGCCUCUGGCGCAUCACCCGAACUUCAAGAUGGACGAACAGAUGGUGCUGCUGGCGGCUGGCAAGCUCAUGGGCCUCACGUUGCUGGUGGGCUUGCCGCAAUUUUCGCAGCAGUUGCUUCACUCCCGAAGAUAUCUCAGGACUCUGGCGAUCAUAUUCGCCCCGAGUGCGAUCGUGGGCCCGUUGCUGUUCUUCGCACUUCGACCGCCACAGCCCAGCAAGUUCAUUGAGCCCGUUACGAUCUCAGAGAUGCUCAAAUCGACCCUGGAAGCAACCAUGGGGGCGAAAAAGUAUCCCCUGGCAUCACUGCAAGUGAAGCGCGGGCAAUCAAGCUCGAUGCUGACCAAGAAGCCACAGUGUCUGGUGCUCGAGGGCGGACAUCUGUUCCUGUCGGGCGGUCAGAGCGGCGACUCGGAGGAUGACGAGGUAAAGCAGCAUCCAAAACUGCUCAGGUCGUUGUGGAAGACGAGCGGUAACGGGUGCCAGGGCCAACCAAACUCAUCACAGCCCUCGUUGGCCAAACAGAUGUUCAUCGAGUGCUCCACGGGCGUUUCAGCGACACUGGAUGUCAGCGGGCACUGUGUCAGCCUGAAGACACCACACCAGACCUACGCACUGGGCUUUGCAGGCUCUGUGAGCGCCGAGAAGUUCUUCGAGCGAUGCUUUGAGCCAGAAGAGACCAUAAGCACGGCAUCGUGAAUUGCGAUACUGCCAUCCAUACUUGUGCUGUGCCCCAUGCGCCUCCAGUGAUGCCCACAAUGCCUCGCAC